AUGACUUGCUUGUGGUUCCUAUCUCUUCUUGCUUAUGGACUUACAAUACUGCAGAGGGUCAAUUGUUGGACGUACCAUUACUCAGAUACAAACAUGACCUACAGGGAAGCAGAGCUGUGGUGCAAAAAGAGGUAUACUAACAUGGUUGCCAUUCAGAAUAAGGAAGAAAUCAACUAUCUCAAUAACGUCUUACCUUUCAAUCCGGGUUACUAUUGGAUUGGAAUCAGAAAAAUUAAUGAGGUUUGGACCUGGAUUGGAACUAACAAAGAACUGACAGAAGAGGCAGAAAACUGGGCUUCAGGUGAGCCAAAUGGCAAAGGGAACAACGAGGACUGCGUUGAAAUCUACAUCAAAAGAGGGAAGGAUGAUGGCAAAUGGAAUGAUGAACAGUGUGAGAAAAAGAAGGUCGCCUUGUGCUACACAGCUUCUUGCAAUCCAUCUCUCUGCAGUCGCCGUGGAGAAUGCAUAGAGACUGUUAAUAAUCACACCUGUCGUUGUAAUCCUGGAUUCCAUGGGCCUGAAUGCGAGUUUGUUGAGAGUUGUGAUCCACUAAAGAAACCUGAUCAUGGGAGCCUCGAGUGCAACCAUCCUUUGGAGAACUUCAGCUACAACUCGUCCUGCACAGUUCAGUGUGAGGAAGGCUAUGAACUGAGCUCAUUGGAAUCUGUAUACUGUACCUCUUCUGGGGUCUGGUCUGCCCCCCUUGCAGCAUGCAAAGCUGUGACCUGUCCUGCCUUGGAAAUGCCCACUCAUGGUGCUGUGAACUGCUCCCAUCCCUCUGUGGAGCUCACCUGGGGUACCACCUGCGAGUUCACCUGUGAGGAAGGAUUUGCCCUGACAGGACCAGCCACACUGCAGUGUGGAUCUUCUGGGGCCUGGGACAGGCAGCAGCCAUCCUGUGCAGCUGUGAGGUGUGAGGCUGUAACCUGGCCAGAAGAAGGCUUUGUGACCUGUGACCGUGCUCCUGCAGAUCUCACCUAUCGCUCACGUUGUGAUUUCCGCUGCAAUGAGGGCUAUGUCCUGGAUGGUCCGUCCAGCAUUGAGUGCACGGCACAGGGACAGUGGUCAGAGCCAAUCCCAAAAUGCAAAGCUGUGACCUGUCCUGCCUUGGAAAUGCCCGCUCAUGGUGCUGUGAACUGCUCCCAUCCCUCUGUGGAGCUCACCUGGGGUACCACCUGCGAGUUCACCUGUGAGGAAGGAUUUGCCCUGACAGGACCAGCCACACUGCAGGGGGCCUGGGACAGGCAGCAGCCAUCCUGUGCAGGUACCCUUCCUUAUUCCUGCUCACCUGCGCACUUGAGGCUGUCAGCAUUGGCAUGCUGA